AUAAAGUUACACAGUGGUAAGUGUUACAACCUUCUCGUAAACUGUCAUAUUUGAGAGUAUGUUUUUUCACACACAAUUUAUCUGUAAUUGUCACGUUCUUUGUCUCUCCUGCAGGAUGCGGCUCUUCCUGAUAUCUCUGCUGGUGGGGUGCACUUUAGGGGCUACCAUUGAGAGGCCGCAGCGCCAAAUAUAUGGUGCCCGCAUAAGUUUACAGCCAUCGUACGGGCCCGCACCUUGUAAUCCUGGCGUGGUGUACAAAACCAAAGUGUUGUACUCUACGGUAUACAUCCCGUCCACCAUCUACAGCAACAACGAGCAGAUCAUAACCCAAACUGACUACCGCUCGCAGCAAAUUUUCACUACAGUCUUUUCGGAAUUCGUGAGUACCCAGGUGGUGCCGUCCUUGCUCUUCCAGACAGUGACGGUCACCAGCACGCUGGGCAACGUCAUUACGGUAACCGUUACUGUUUCAGGACAAGGCAACACCGUCACACAAACGCAAGAGGUAGUAAGCACAAGCGUGCAGUUCCAGACCCAAUUCACAACAAUAUCCCAGCAGGUACCCACCACUAUCACUAGGAACGUGGUGUCAACUGUGGUGAUAACACAACAAGUGUUUAGCACGAUUUUCCAAACGCAGACGGUGACCAGUACCGUGGAGCUUCCUGGGCAGACCACUACUAUUGAGAGCACUCUGAUUAGUACCACCUUCUCCACCAUAGUGAUAACAGCCUCAGCCGUUUUCAUUACGCAGACUGCCGUCAGUACCACCUUUGUUACACAGACCGUCACACAACCAGGUCAGACCCAGAUCAUUACCUCCACUCAGGUGAUUCCCGUCACCAGUACCAUAUUCUCACAGGUGGUGGUGACACAAGGUCAAACCCAGUUUGUUACAAGCACACAAGUACAACAGCAAGUGACCACCGUCACCAGCACCCAGCAGCAAGGAUCAUUCAACACCAGAACCGUGACCAUUCCCACUCAGGUGGUACAAACCCAGGUAUCAACUCAGAUACUUGGCUCGACCAUCUUCACCCAGCAGGUCAUACCAACUGUGGUCAGCCUGCCCGCCCAGUCGCAAAUCUUGACUGUCUACCGAACUGCGGUGCAGACAGUGCAGGGACCCGGCCAGAUCAGGACCAUAUACCAGACCAAAAUUAUUUACAACACCAACUUCUUGACCUCAACCGUAUUCAACCAAGAGUACCACACAGUGACCACAACACGUACCAUAAAACCAUACUGCGAUACCGGCUAUCAUCGGAAAUCCUCUGGCUACUACCAUGGACGCUGAGCUACUGGAUGCAAACGGAAGCCCCCAACAAGUGACUGACCAAGUCCUGAAAGCCCAAGUAUAUUAUUUAAAUGAUAUAAAUAAUUGGUCUCAUAGAGGUCUCAGUCACAAGUACUCAAAAAAAUAUACAUAUAUGAAAAAAUACCACAGUGAAAAUAGGAAAUAAAACCUGAGGGUUUUCAUGUGCUUACACACACAUCUUCAUUACCCUAUUCAUAUCCUAUUCCUCAGAAGAUGUGUGUAAGCACAUGAAAGCGCCCAGGUUUUAUUUCGUAUUUUCACAAUGGUAUUAUUUUAAUAUCUGCAAUCACGCGUUUUAUUGUAACCUCGCUUAGAGUACUUUGUGUUUAAACCAGAAUACACUUAUAUUAAUUAUA